UCCUCGCUAAACAACAAGACGGAAGCCGUCUCCAUUGACGAAAGCUUGGGAGCUGGCUAACUGUAAGAAAGCAGAGCUAUACGGCUAUUGCCUGUCCCUCGGCCCCUCCAUGCCAGUCUCUGUCCCUCUCUUUUCUCUCUCAACACAACGAUGGAAAUAGAGAACCUCUUUUUUGCCGUUAAAUCAUUACUCUGUAGAGUGUAUACUCCAAGCCCAAGGAGCUGAGAAGAAUCACUUCUUCCCAUUUCAUCGCUAUUUUGGGAAGCUAUUACAUGGAGAUAAGGGGGAAACUGUAGCGGGUUUGGUAUACUUCCUCACUCCACUUUAGGGUUCUUCUUUGUCAUUUACAGUAUGGGUUACAUCUCAAGAAAGCUCUUGCCUGCGUGCGAAAAUGUUUGCCUCUGCUGUCCGGCGUUGAAUCCGAGUUCUCGGCGGCCGGUGAAGCGGUACAAGAAGUUGCUUUCGGAAAUAUUCAUAAAAAACCUUCGGCAGAUUGCGGCAGUAGCGUCAGAUCGCAGCAGCGGCAGGAGCGAACAAGAUGCACCAGAAUAUCGCGACAGAACGAGCGACGAUCGCGGGAAGCGAGCAGAUUGCGGCGGAUCGCACUGGAACGAGCAAUUUGAUCGCGGCAGGGGCGAACUAGAUGCCGCACCAGAGAUCGCGCAGGAGGAGCGAGCGAAUGAAAUGAGCAGAUCGCGGCAGAACGAAGUUUCAGAAGAUGUGGGACGAAGAUGUCGUGGAACACAACACCAGAGUAAAACUCUGUUUGGCGCAGCUGCACCUGUGCUGUUUCAAGAAGCUGUUGUGGGGAAGCUCUGCGGAGAAUUUGUUGCAGCUGUGCGAUUGAUGAUGCAUGUGAAAACCCAAUUCGAGUCACUCGAGCUUCACAACUUUUGUGGUUGCUUGGCAGAACGUUUCCCUUCACGGAAAAUUCCUUCCAACAUGCUGCUUGCUUUUUUGCGCACUACUUUUAUGCGGAAAUGGAGGAACGAGGCGUCUCUUGAGUGUGGAAAGGCAUACUUUGCUAGGAAUCUACUGAGUGUUGUCACUGCACUACUGGAUGAGAAGCAGCCAGAUCGUUUAAAGAUUCUUGGAUGCCAAGCAUUAACGAGAUUUGUUUAUAACCAGGCUGAUGGUACUUACGCAUGCUGUAUUGAGAGUAUUGUUCUCAAGGUUAGUAGGCUGGCACGAGAGGGUGGAGAGGAACAUAAUAAUCAACUAGUAGCUGCAAGCCUUCAAUGCUUGUCAUCCAUGAUUUGGUUUAUAUCUGAAUAUUCAUACAUAUUUUCUGAUUUUGACGAGAUCAUAUAUGCUAUCCUUGAUAAUCAUGGGGUAGACAAGCAACAUAUGGAUAAUGAUGAAGGAUGGGCGAAACAACAUAAUUGGGUUGAUGAAGUGAUUAGAUGUGAAGCAAGAGUAGGUCCGGGCAUGCAUAAUGAUUUUAGCUCGAAUAGCAUGAUUAUUCAACCACUGCCAGACAUGAAGGAUGCCAAUAUACUGACGAGAGAGGAGUAUGAAAAUCGAAAAGUGUGGUCACAAAUAUGCAUUCAAAAACUUGCCGAACUAGCAAAGGAGAGCACAACAAUGCGUCGGAUUCUGGAUCCAAUGUUUACCUACUUUGACAUGCACAAGCAUUGGGGGCCAAAACAUGGCCUGGCUCUGAAUGUUUUAUUGAGCAUGGCAUGCUUAUCAAAAAUCUCUGGAAAUGAACAAUUUAUUUUGGUUGCUUUAGUCAGACAUCUUGACAACAAGGAUAUCAUACAUGAUCCUCAACUAAAGUCCAACAUUUGUCAGAUUGCAACUUCAUUAGUUAAACAACUACGAUUACGAUCCGUGGUUGCUGAAAUUGGGGUUGUAAGUAAUUUAUGUAGACAUUUGAGAAGAAGUCUACAGUUUACAGUUGAAAUUGUGAAACCUGAGGAAGCUAGCUGGAACUCCUUGCUUCAAGAUUCUAUUGAAGAUUGCUUAUUGGAGAUUGUUAAAGGGAUUGGAGAUGCAAGCCCACUUUAUGACAUGAUGACUAUAACCCUUGAAAAGCUUGCCAGUAACGCUGUUGUUGCUAGGGCAACAAUUGGAUCUUUGCUGAUCCUCGCUCAUAUCAUUUCUUUGACAUCCACUCGAUCACAUUCAGAAUUGAUAUUUCCUGAGGCGCUUUUGCUUCAGCUUCUCAAGGCAAUGCUGCAUCCAGAUGCUGAGGCACGUGUGGGCGCUCAUAUGAUAUUUUCCGUUCUCCUUGCUGGAACUAUAAUUCAUCCAAAAUAUGAAUCAGAGAGUUUGUAUGAAACUAAGAAACUGCAUUUCAGAACUACACCGGCAUUUGCUGCAACAACUGCUCUGCUUGAAAAACUCCAAAGGGAAUAUGGAAAUGGGAUUAAGAAAGGAAAUGACAUGCAAAAUGAAACUAACAUAAAAGAGAUGUACAAAGGUGAAUGGAAACAUGGAUGGCAUCAUAAAUUUUCUCCAUGUUUUCAUAAAUUAAGUUGCUCAAUCAUUGACAGGACUGCCAUGUCGAACUUUUCGCAUGAGACAGAAUCAAGUUUAUUUAUCUUAAAUGAAGAUCAAAUUGGUCAAUUGCUUUCUGCAUUUUGGAGGCAAGCACACCAGCCAGAUAACUUACCUUCAAAUUAUGAGGCCAUUGCUCUUUCUUUCCACUUGACAGUUGUUUCUUUUCAUCUUAAGAAUACAAGCCAUAGCACCACUGCCCAGUUCUUUCAGUUUUUACUGUCUCUUAUAAAUGCCUCAUUGGACCCUAAUGGAGCAUUGCCUCCAUCAUCCCAAAGGUCACUUUUUACACUUUCAGCAGCUCUACUGGCUUUUACGGGAAAGCUCUAUGAUAUUCUUGAGUUGAUAGAUUCGCUAAAGCAUUUAAUAGCUUGCCAUGUUGACCCAUAUCUAAGAGUUGGCGAAGACUUUCUUUUGUACGCUAGACCUGAAUCCAACUUAAAAGAGUAUGGUUCUGAUGCUGAUCAACGUGCUUCAAUGUCAUUUUUGGCUGAUUUGAGAACGAUUAUGAUUGAAUGUGGUCCACAUUUCAUUGAUGUUAUAGUUCAUCACCUUUCCAUAUUAACCAACAUGGACAAAAAUGACCUAGUCAAGGUACUUUCUGCUAAUUUCACUCCGGAGGAUGGGGCUUGGAGUUUAUUAAGCUCGUUUCCAUUUGUUGGAUGGGAUGUCGGUAGAUCUGUUACAAUUUCUGAAGACUCUUGCCCUUUUGCUGAGGAAAAUUUGAGCUCAUCGAGAGAUGGUGAUGCUGCCGUUGAAUCUGUGUCUACUGGUCUUCCCAGAUUGCAUCCCUCUAAUUCUGAACUGCCAUCAUUGCCACAAUACAUGAGCGUUGGGCAGCUCUUAGAAUUGGCAUUGCAUGUAGCUGGUCAAGUAUCUGUCUCAUCAGUCUCAACUUCACCACUCCCAUAUGGAACUAUGGCCAGCCAGUGUGAGACCUUCGGUAUGGGCACGAGGAAGAAGCUCUCAACCUGGCUAGUUUCUGGCCAUGAUGAAGUGCUUCAGAAUCCCUUACAAGCUCUCCAUGAGAGCAAAAAAACCACAAAUGGGAAGCAGGUAUUGCUUGGCCAAACAUGGCAGGCUCUGAGGCUUCCUCCUGCAAGUCCCUUUGACAACUUCAUGAGAGCCGCUGGAUGUUAGGUGUAAGCUUCGUCCUACUUAUCUUUACUUCUGGUUUUCCUUGUACAAAGUUGUCUUCUAAAUCUUAAGUUUGUUUUAGACAUGAAUGUCAUCUUAUAGCUCAACUUCUGGUAUUUUUUAUGCUCAAAUUUGUCUUUCAAA